AUGUUCUGUUAUAUUUUUAAAAUUCAGGGCGAUUUGACCGUUAUCCCAUUCUUCAUCACGCAAACUAUUCUUGGCCAUUUGCAAGGAAGCUUGAUGCAAUAUGCUACGCCGAAAGUAUAUGCUGAGAAGGGGAAAAUACUUAUCGUCAUCCAACGUGCAGUAGCUACUAAGCUGUAG